GGGAGGCGCUGGUGCGGCUGUUCAAGGGGCUCGAGCCCCGGGUCAGCGGAAGCAAGUGCAGCGAGGACAGGCAGCGCGGUGGACCCGGAGCGCGAGGAGCCUUGUGGCGCAAGGUGAGACAAAGCAGUGAAGCCCGCAAGAUGGACCUUGAUGUGCUAAACAUGUUUGUGAUUGCGGGGGGCACACUGGCCAUUCCCAUUCUGGCAUUUGUAGCAUCUUUCCUCCUGUGGCCUUCAGCACUGAUCAGAAUAUACUACUGGUAUUGGCGUCGAGCGCUGGGCAUGCAAGUUAGAUAUGUGAACUACGACGGCUACCAGUUUUGCUAUUCCUACCGAGGGAGACCCGGCCACAGAGUCUCUGUGCUCAUGCUGCAUGGAUUCUCUGCCCACAAAGAUAUGUGGCUCUCUGUAGUCAAGUUCCUUCCGAAGAACCUGCACUUGAUUUGUGUUGACAUGCCGGGUCAUGAGGGCACUACACGGUCAUCCCUGGAUGACUUCUCCAUCUAUGGGCAAGUGAAAAGGAUACACCAGUUUGUUGAAUGUAUCAAUCUGAACAGAAAACCCUUUCAUCUAGUCGGAACCUCGAUGGGUGGGAAUGUUGCUGGUGUUUACGCUGCUGAAUACCCAGCGGAGAUCUGCAGCUUAAGUCUUGUCUGUCCUGCAGGGCUGCCAAAUGCACAAGAAAGCAAAUUUAUUAAGCAACUGCGGGGACUGAAGGAGUCCGAGAGCAUGGACAGGAUUCCUUUAAUUCCAUCCACCCCUGAGGAAAUGGCAGACAUGAUGAAGCUCUGUUCUUACGUUCGCUUCAAAGUGCCCCAGCAGAUCUUGCAGGGCCUCGUUGAUGUUCGCCUCCCACACAAUGACUUUUACCGAAAAUUAUUUUUAGAGAUUGUAGAUGAAAAGUCAAGAAACUCCCUUUAUGAAAGCAUGAGCAAGAUCAAAGCCACAACGCAGAUCAUCUGGGGAAAACAAGAUCAGGUUCUGGAUGUUUCGGGAGCAGAUGUUUUAGCAAAAUCGAUUCCUGACUGCCAAGUACACAUUCUGGAAAACUGUGGACACACUGUGGUCGUGGAACGGCCCAGAAAAACAGCAAAGCUCCUUCUUGAGUUUUUAGCUGCAGUGCAGAAUGUGGAGAACAAUAAGAAGCUGGCUUGAACGUCCACCACCACCAAGUUGACCCCUUAAGCUAGAUGUUUCAGCUGUGAUGAAAUACUACUAAUUUAAUCAAUUCUCAGGGAUCUUCUUAGACAGAACUUGGUGACUGUGCCAAAAUCCCUGAUGAAACCAGAAUAAUUGAAAUAUUUAACAUGUAGGUCUGUCAGUGCGUUGGCUCAUGGGAUCCUGAGCAAUCUACAGAUAUGUGUGUUGUUGAUAAAGUCCAAUAAAGUUUGCAUUAUCCAGAUACUUUGGGAGGAGCAAAAGACCCAUCAGGUAGAUCUGUGACUCCACUAACUUAACCUUCAGGUACGAUCAAUUUGUUUUGGAUAAUGCUUUAAUUGCUUUUCCAACUUUGGCUGGAAAAUGUGCAUGUUAGCGAGAUAAAGUAGGAAGAAGGUGGCAGGCCUGCCAUAUCUAGUCAAUGCGCCCAUUUCCUAGUCUGUCUUUGGCAAUGUUUCAUUAGAUUUUAAAUCUAGAUCAUGAGGAAAAAAGUCCAAAGAGGGACAGAUCUUGCAAAUCUCUUGAACUAUCUGGAAAAUAUGCACCCUACCUAUCCAUUGGGCUUUACCUAUAGCAUACAUGUAAUAUAAUUAUUUAUAUAAUAUAUAAACUAGAAUAUGACCUGAAAUCAGAAAAUUCUGUAUCAUGGAAUGUACUGGCCACUCCUAGGUUUAUGCAGCUAUGUUAUGUGAUCUAGCAUAAUAUCCGGCUAAUUGGAAUGUAGAUGUCAAUGACAUUUGUUUAAAAUAUAUAGGAAGUAUGGUAUGGAGCAAAACGUCAUAGACUGAGAGCUAUGGUACGUUUCCACCUCUUGGUAUAUACGGCUUUGCAUGUCGAGCAAUAGUUACAAAAGAUUCUGACGAUCCAGAUGUCUGCUAAAUUGCUGUUUAUGUAGCUCAUUAAUUUAUGAUUUCAGCAGAGAAGGAAAGCAACACAUCAAUUUUUAACGAUUUGGAAGUUUCAUAGACUGUGCAACUCUGCGUGUUUACGCUGAUUAUGGAUGAGUUUUUGUAUUCCUCCACAGCUCUGUUAUGUAUGUACUGCCUUAAUAGUCAGCGAUGCUGAAAUAUUGGUAUCACCUGGCCUGACUUUAAUCAUGAUGUGUUCUGUGAUCAAUUGUGGUAUUCAAACAGUUUUGGAGUAAUUGGUUUAGGUGUUCAAGUUUAAGGGGCAAUUCACUUACUAAAUACUGCACACACAUGCGCGCGCAUAUAUACAGGUUUGGUUCCACUGAAAUCAGUGGGACUACUCCUGAUUUAAGCGGUUAGCAAAUUCUCUGUGAAAAGUGCUAUUUCUGUACAGUUAAUAAACCAAGUGGAGCCAUUUUGAAGCCAUUUCUGGAGCCAUUUUUUCCAUCUAGAUGGGACCUGAUCCAAGCAAUAAUACUGUAUGUAGAUAGAUGCACAAGUGAUCAAAUUCAGGUUAGAGUUGGAAUGAGCUGUUUUCUCAGCUCUUAAUUACGUGUCCUGCUGAGUAUUUUGAUGUAAAUAGUUGAGUUUCUUAAUGAAUUCUGUGAAUUCUGUGAAUGGAAAUGUUUUGGGGGCGGGGUGGGGGAUGUACAAGGGAUGAAAUGUGUAACAAUAAAAUAUAAUUAGGGUACUUAAAAGGCUUGUUUGCUUACCAAACUCUUACAAAGUAAAUCAUUUAUCAGAUGCGGUAUAAUCUCCAACAGAAUUUUCAAGUUUAUUGGUACAUUGCAUAGCAAAUACAAUAGUCUUUCUGUUUCUGGAUAUUUUUACUUCUUUCCAGUUGCGACUCUUUAGCUGAGUGACAUUUCUUUAUCAAAUUAAGAAAGCAGGCUUGUUUCACCUUGUUAACUGACUCACCACUACUUUUUUAAAAAAUACAUGGAGAAAAAUCCCUGAAAAUCCCCCAUGGCAAGAAACACUUGGCAAAUAAUGUUGCUAAGUUUGGUAAUCAUUUACAGUGGUAUGGGUAUUUAGGCUAUAGCCCUGAGGUCCCCAGCCUUUUUGGGUGAAUGGGCACAUUUGGAACUUUGAAGGCUUCUUAUGAACACUCUUACAAAAUGUCUGCCAUGGGGCAGUUGCCCAUUCAUAAAAUGGCUGCCAGGGUGAGCAUG